GGGGGCAGCACGUUGGGAUGCGCGCUACUUAAGGCCCAGCUGCGUGAGCCAUUGACGUGUUUGGAGCUGGAGACGGCCUGGGCGCUGGCGGAGCGGCCGCCCGAGGUGGUCCGACGAUGGUGAUAAAAAGUAGAACACUUUCACGGAAGGGGGGCAACCUGAGUUCAGUCUGCGUCCCAUCAUUGUUGAGAUUACAUCCAAGGAGUGUGAACAGCGGAGCAGAGCUCUGUGUUCAGAGCACGGGACACAUGUAGACAAGAAAGCCGUGAGUUCAUUUUGUGCCCUCACCUGUCUUAGGAAGAAGUCAAGCCCGCAAAGAAAUUGUGUUCGGGAGAGGAAGAAGCUUCUAGGGAGAAGACACUUAGGAUGCCCAUGGUGACGCGGAGGCUGAGGGAUCCUGACAUAAACCCUUGCUUGUCGGAAUCGGACGCGUCUACCAGAUGCAUGGCCGAAAAUAACUAUGACAAGGAGAGCUGUUCCUCUCACUUCUUGAAGUACAAGAACUGCCGGAAGUUCUGGAUUGUUGCUGUGAACCAGUUGGGGAAUGCUUGGCUUGGAAUCCUGGUCCACUUCAGGCCCUCCUCGGUACGGCAGCCCAGAGAACCCUCCCCAGAUGGAAACCCAGUGACCCCCUCCUUGAACUUCCCGAGCCCUGCCGUCACCUUAGGAAGAAGAAGUGUGAAAUGCUCUAUUCUGAAAAGGAAAUUGAAUGAGGUGGACUGGGUCUUGUCUGCAGUCACAACCCCAGAAACAGCUUUCAUGGAUGGGCGCCUGCAUCAGGACCAAGUGUGCUUGACGCCUGAAACGGCAGGGUGGCCGCUGUGGCCCCCCGGCCCCAGGCAGGUGACUCUCAGGGCCACCAGGCUCUGCCUCUGCCCUGGAUGGAGCUGUUGCACAGCCAAAUGUCAAGUCCACGUCUGAACACCUGCUCGCUUCUAGGAGACCUCCUGGCUUACAUUCUGCAAACCUGCUGGCUUAUAGGACCAGCCCCAUUCACAAACAUUCCCUUGGGCUGUGCGCUCAGAUUCACUGUGUUUCAUCACUGUUUUUCUCUUCUCAAAAUUUUAUUUAUUUUGGCCACACCAUGCGGCAUGUGGGAUCUUAAGUUGUGGCAUGUGAGAUCUAGUUCCCCAACCAGGGAUCGAACCUGGGGCCCCUACAGGAGGCAGAUUCUUAACCACUGGACUACCAGGGAAGUCCCUUCAUUACUGUGUUUAGAGACCACAGAUUAGCUUGAUACCAACUCGGACUCCUCCACCAGUCCUGAUGGUCGUCCUGGAGAAAGAAGAAUCAGGGUGGGCUCUACCUGUCUUCAGGGUGGGUGGGGUGAAGGAGGGGCAAGUAUAGGGUGUUGAGAUGGGAGGGGGGGAGUGGGGUUGUCGGGGAGGAGAGAAUGACCUGCCCAGCGUGGUGAACACUGAGGAGAAAGGUUGUUCACAGUGAAAAUAAAGCUUCCAGCAGCAGAAAUCCAUGUAAUACCCGGAAGCCAGACCCAAACUUGGUGUGAAAAUGGCACUGCAUUUGGAGUCAGUUCUAGGACUGAGUUCAGGCUCUGCCACUUGGUGCCAUUACAACCUGAGCAAACCACUGACUCUUUCAAAGCCUUUUGUCCUGGGAAUAUGUCUUGAAGAAAUGCCAUAACUUCCUGUAGGUUGUCCCACAGCAGGUUUCAUGUGUGGCAUGCAAGUAGGUAUGAUUAAUAUUUCAAAUGCAUUGAUAAAAAGAUAGUGGAUUUAUAGGUAAUCAGUGAAAGCCUGGCUAAUUCUUGGUCUACUCUGAAAACUGAUACCAACUACAACAAUCUUCUUACUUGACCCCCUAAACCCAUCUCUGCUGGAGAAGAUUGCAAGAAGUCAAACUGUUUCAUUUACUGCUUUACUUUUAUAGUUUUAUUACAUAAUUUGGCCCAGAAUGUUGUCCUUAUAGAUUUCUUCUCACACUGUUGUUCAGUCGCUCAAUCGUGUCCAACUCUGUGACACCAUGGACUGCAGCACGCCAGGCUUCCCUGUCCUUCAGCAUUUCCUGGCAUUUGCUCAGAUUCAUGUCCUUUGAGUUGGUGAUGCCAUCCAACCAUCUCAUCCUCUGUUGUCCCCUUCUCCUGCCCUCCAUCUUUCCCAGCAUCAGGGUCUUCUCCAGUGAGUCGAUUCUUCAGAUCACGUCAAGAGUACUAGAGCUUCAACUUCACACUCUACACCCCCAUCCUAGUUGCUUCAUGUAUACCCGAAACCUCUGAUAAGCAAGGACAAGUAAAAAACUUCAUUUUGGGGUGGGGGUUGGGGGCAGAUGAUAAGAACAAGCCAUUUACCACAUCAGUCAGAAGUUUACUGUGCCUUGGUGCUUAGGGCCUGAGCUGCAUAAACAGAGCUGAUUGUUCCUGCCCACGGUUGGGAGCAUUUUGCUGCUGCUUUUGCAAAGCCAUCCUCUGCUCCGUUUAGGAGCAGACUUGUGGUGGGUCAGCUCUACUUCACACCAGUCCUUACCCUAUUUCAGAAGUAACUCUGCCAUCUGUACCCUCCCAGUGCCCGAGCACCCCAUGCAGCACUAGUCCACUCUGUAACUAGAUGCAUGUUCUGUCACGUGCCCAGGUGUAGACCUAGGUUGUCCCCAUUACAUCUUGUGCUAAACUGCAGAAGCAGUCUGUCCUGACACUUCUGUUUGUGUGGCACCUUGCAGUUUUUAAGGCAGUGUCAGAAAUGUCCUGUUAAUUGCACAGCCCACCCCAUGGGAAGCCAGGCAUCUUCCUGGGUCGCAGAUACAGGAGCAAAACUUCUACCCUAUAAGCUGUGAUCCAUGCAAAUGCCAUGCAUCUCUGACCUUCACAUUCCUCAUCCCACAUAGACAUGGCCUCACAGCAUUUUACAUUUUCUUUGCAGCUCCUGACUUUGCCUAGUGUUCCAGUUACUAUUCAUUUCAUCAUUUAAUACUGAGUCUACACAAAUAAAAGGCUUCCACGUGUGAUGUAAAAAUAAGGAUUCAUACAAAUAAAUUUACAAGUUAGUUUGUGUGACCAUGUGACUGACUUCA